AUGAGGAGUGUAUUAGAAAGUGAUAAUAAAGUGCUUUCUGGAGGUCAGAAUGACAAUUUGGAGAGGUAUGCACCACAGUGGGAAUCCAAGAACCUCAUGGCCGUGAGCGUUGCAAUCCAGGAUUGGCUAACUUCAAGGCUUGCGUUGGAGUUGAUGAGGCAAGGGGCAAUGCUGACUGUCUUGAGUGCACUUUUAACUGCAUUGGCUUGGCCAGCUGCAUUACGUUCAGCUACUGAUUUCAUAGACAGCAUGUGGUCGAUUGCUAUUGACAGACCAGACAAGGCAGGGAUACUGCUUUCUGAAGUAUUAUUAGGAGGAGUUCAAGGAAAUAGACCUGUGACACUUAUAGGUUACUCACUUGGAGCAAGAGUUAUUUUCAAAUGUUUAGAAUGUUUGGCUGAAACAGAAAACCACGCUGAACUUGUGGAAAGAGUUGUCCUUCUUGGAGCACCCAUUGCAAUAAAAUAUGUGAAUUGGGAAGCUGCUAGAAAGAUCGUAGUAGGAAGGUUUAUAAAUGCUUAUUCCAGGACUGACUGGAUGCUUGGAGUGGCUUUCCGUGCCAGCCUACUUUCUCAAGGUUUAGCUGGGAUCCAAAAUGUUGACGUUACCGAUCACAUUGAAGGUCACUCUUCUUAUUUGUGGACUACACAACAUACCUUGGAGGAACUUGCACUGGAAACUUAUUAUCCUGCUUAUAACAGCAUUCUUCCUAAAGAGCAAACCCAUCCCAAUUUCACCGUUUCUUUUCUGAAUAUAAGGAACAUAACUAGAAUCAGCAUCAUUAAUCAAGUGCAAAAUAACUAA